AUGAACGACUUUCCACCACCAGGUACUUCUGUCAAGACAAGGGGUUUCAGAGAAGUAUGUGAGGUCGAUGGCCGUACAUACUUCAGGAAGAAAGGUGCACAGGAGUGGACCGAGGACAAAUCCAAUCCGGAGGAGUUGAAGCCACCAGUCGAAACCCCCCAUCUCUAUCUCUAUCUCGUCCAAGAAGAACAAGCCCCCGGAGAACCCAACCAUUGGGCACUAUUCCUUGCUGACGAAAACGAGCCUGACUACGGUUAUGUUUACCAAGUCACCGGGGAUGCAGAGAAUAUGAAAUACGAGCCAUCAGCUGAAAAGGUUAAUGUCGUUGAUGCGGGUCUCACUUCAAACGUCUAUACCUUGGCUGUUGUGUCAGAAGAUCAGGCUAGGGCGGCGAGGGUGGUGAAAGAGGCUGCGGAGUCUGAGCUUCCUCCGCAAGCGGAGAAUCGGAAGGCUGUUACGGAGAACUGUCAGGGGUGGACUGUGCGUGUUAUUGAGAAGUUGGUUAAGGAGAAUAUUGUUAUGCCUCACAAGCUUGAACUGGCACGGUCUUUGAUGCAGGCUAUUUGA